GAAUCUUAUUCGCAAGUUAUCGACUUACUCGCCUUUUCAAAUAACAGUCAAAGCGAAAUACAACAGACUAGAUUCAGUCGCCGUCGCUGCGGUAUUUAUGCGUUAGAGCUUUUGAAAGCAUGGUUUUUAUUGAAAAAAAUAAGACCCUGCUUGUAAACUAUGCAAAGAUAUAUGGGCGGCUUCCUUCCACAGACGCACACUAUGAAGGGACAGCCUUGAGAAGGAGCGAAGCUCCGUUAACCUCCUUUCCUGGGAUAAACACACGAUAUGAACAUGUUGAGCUGGCCAUAUUGAAAAAUAGUGACAACAGCAAUAAACUGGUAUCGGGAACCAAAACAAUGAAUGAAUUGAUCACAUCUUCUAUACGAAUUGAUGUUGAUGAGACGCCAACAAUUAGAUCAUUCAGUUCAAAUGGUUUCAAAUCGACGAAAGGAGCGCAAAUAUUUGUGCAACAGUCGCAUUUGGAAUACUUCACCAGGAUGUUUGGGUAACAAUCACAUCAAUGCGAGUCAAACGAUUUUAGCCAGCAUCUUCUCUAUCCUUUUGAUCAGUAUGUUCAAUCACGGCAAUUUCGUUCAAGUUUUCAUCGACUAUCUACAUACCUUUGCUGCCGCUCGCCGUCAAAAGUAAUAGUACUGAUCUCCGUUAUUCAAAGAGGGUCCUUUUUAGCCUUGUAAUAAAAAUUUUUUCAAUGACAGCAAAAUGUGGGGGGGGGAGAACUUAAUUAAUUUUCACGUGAUAAGGGUUCUACCCUUUGACCGCUGAGCGUGAUCAUUCAAAUCAAAAAUAGCAAGCAAAAUAAGCCAUGGGGUUUCU